AUGCGAUCAACUGCAGAUGCCAGUCCCUUGAAUGCCUUCGAAUGUUCUUUUACCGGUUGCAAUGCCAGCUACCAACGUAAAGAGCAUCUGCGUCGCCACCAGCUAAAGCAUUCCCAGCACCAGGCCUUCCCGUGCUCCAAUUGCGACCGCGAGUUCGCGCGCAGUGAUACGCUCCGGCGCCAUGUCUGGCAACAUCACAAGAUAAAGGAGCCCUCUGUGCGGGCUCGACAAGCAUGUCAAGGCUGUCGGGCAACUAAAGCGCGCUGUCAAGGGGGCUUACCAUGCACCGAAUGCAGUCGCCGCAGUAUUAAAUGUGUUUUCAAAGAUCAAAACGAAGAAAACGAACCAAAUGAAGAGGCUUGUGCACCACCGGGCCCGGAACUGCUCUCUGAAAAGAGAGACCAUUAUAUCCAGCUUUUCUUCGACAAUUGUCAUUCCAGAUGGCCAUUCAUCCACAAAGGAACUUUCGAUGUCCGUCACGAAACUCCCCUUCUCGUGCAGUCGAUGGUAGUUCUUGGAAUGUGGACUAGUGGCGAAGAGACGGCGCGAAAAGCCGCAGUGGAUAUUCAUAAUAAUCUCGACGCGGCAAUUCGCCAACAAAAGGAUAAAUGGGACGCAUCAGAAGCAGAAGAGGCUUGCAGUGACUGUCAUUGGCCAAUACCAACUUACCAAGCCAUCCUGCUGCAUAUCAUAUUCUCAAUCCUGCAUACGAAUGGUGGUUCUCUCGAUAUGGACCUGCGAUUUACUGCCCCAUCCUCGAAAUUCAAGAUGCUGUUGAGUCUUGUACGAAGUUGUCAGAGGCUAGGUAUGUUCUAUUAUCCAAAUAUGCUCUCGCGAUAUCGAGGAGUGAAUGUUUCCGAGUUUAUCUGGGUUAGCAUUGAGGAGAUCAAACGUUUCAAUCUUGCCUUGUUCAAGGUUUGUGGGAAAUUGACUGCUACUGGUGCUGGAGAGGGCGGGGAGGGCAUUGAUGCUGGAUCUCUGUUCCCUGCUGAGGAGUUGCAGUUCCCCAUGCCGACUAAUUGCUUCUUAUGGCAUGCUGUUACUGAAGAUCAGUGGACAUCGAAUGUGGAAGGGAUCUUGGUCGAUCUAGAUGACUGGUCACAGGAUACCUGGAUCUCAAAUAGCGCUGGUUUAUUGAAAUUUCUGUUUGGGUGUUGA